AGAAGAAGGGUUGAUGAAUCGUUGAUCAUCUCAAAGCACGACGUGGAUCGGUUCAGAAGCGGAGCAGUGGUAGAGGAACAUCAAUCCUCGGCGGUGCUCGGAGCUUCACGCCGAUCGGGGACUAUGGGGGAUGGACGCGGUGGCGGAGGCGGGAAUCGCCCGGCGUGGCUUCAGCUCUACGAUCUCGUGGGCAAGAUCGGGGAAGGGACCUAUGGCCUGGUGUUCUUGGCGAGGCCUAAGCAACGCAAAGGCUGCAUCGCCAUCAAGAAGUUCAAGCAAUCCAAGGAUGGCGAUGGCGUCUCGCCCACCGCUAUCCGUGAGAUCAUGUUGCUACGGGAAAUUAAUCAUGAGAAUGUUGUCAAACUUGUGAAUGUGCACAUCAAUCAUGCUGAUAUGUCACUAUAUCUUGCUUUUGACUAUGCUGAGCAUGACUUGUAUGAAAUUAUCAGACAUCACAGAGAGAAGCUUAACCAUCCUAUUAAUCAAUAUACAGUUAAGUCAUUGCUUUGGCAGCUGCUCAAUGGGCUCAACUAUCUUCAUAGCAAUUGGAUUAUACACCGGGAUCUUAAGCCAUCUAACAUAUUGGUUAUGGGCGACGGUGAAGAACAUGGAGUUGUAAAAAUUGCUGACUUUGGCCUUGCCAGAAUAUACCAAGCUCCAUUAAAGCCAUUAUUUGAAAAUGGGGUUGUGGUAACAAUUUGGUACCGUGCUCCAGAAUUGCUCCUUGGGGCGAAGCAUUAUACGAGUGCUGUCGACAUGUGGGCUGUUGGGUGUAUUUUUGCUGAAUUGUUGACAUUAAAACCAUUGUUUCAAGGUGUGGAAGUCAAAGCUACACCUAACCCUUUUCAGCUUGAUCAGCUAGACAAGAUAUUCAAGGUCCUAGGCCACCCUACUCCAGAGAAAUGGCCUACACUUGUAAAUCUUCCUUUUUGGCAAACUGAUCUACAGCAUAUCCAGGGACAUAAAUAUGACAACGCUGGUCUCCAUAGUUAUGUGCAUUUGCCUCAGAAGAGCCCUGCAUAUGAUCUCCUUUCAAAGAUGCUCGAAUAUGACCCUCGAAAGCGCAUAUCUGCUGCACAAGCUUUGGAGCAUGAGUACUUCCGACUUGAUCCUCUUCCAGGGCGCAAUGCACUCGUAACAUCCCAGCCAGGAGAGAAAGCUGUCAAUUAUCCUGCUCGUCCAGUUGACACAACUACUGAUUUUGAAGGGACAGCUAGUGUCCAACAGCCGAUGUCAGCAAAUGCAAUUCCUGGGGGUGUCACAGCACAAUCUAUGGCUGGACCGAGGCCUGGUCCUCGGCAGAUUUCUAUGGUAGGCAUGCAACGGAUGCCAGUUGGCAGCAUGGCUGCUUUUAAUAUUCCUUCCCAAGCUGGCAUGAACCUAAAUCCUGGCGGUAUUCCUAUGCAGCGAGGUCCUGCAGGACAGGCCCAUCCACAGCAGCUGAGAAGGAAGGAUCCGGCAAUGGGCAUGCAAAAUCCUGGGUACCCUCAACAAAAAAGAAGGUUUUAAUGGGGAUCGAAGUUUGUAAUUCUCGAGCAUCAUUCAAAUACUUGCCUUGCGGACGCACUCCUUAUACAUGGGUCUAUGAUGCGGCUUCUUUGUUGGUUGUCCUGUUUGGUCCAUCAGGUCUCAUGUUUUUCUUUUAAGAAAGGGAAAUGUCGAAGAUGCUCAUCAGUUCACAGUGCAAGAGAGAAUCAUGGUACAACAACCACUGGAUAUGAAGCAGAGUUGUGUGGCAAAACUAAAUCUGGCUGGCUGG